GUCGACGAGCGUCUCGGGCCAGCACCCAGAAGGAGACUGGCUGGCCUGGCUUGCGGAGGGUGAUGCACCGCGACAGCUAAAAGUUGGAUAGAGUUUCAGCGGCUACUAUAUAUAAAGCGGCCGGGCCCUUAUGUCACCGCGCUAAUUAAAUUCCGUCGCCGGGCCGCUUCCCUCCGGGGGCUUCUCCGAGCGCCCCUCGCCCACCUCCCGGCGGCCCAGAGGCGACGGGCGAGAGCAGGAUGAUGGACCUUUUCGAAUCGGGCUCCUAUUUCUUCUACCUGGACGGGGAACAUGGGGCGCUGCAGCAGCUGGACAUGGCCGAGGGCUCGCCGCUCUACCCGGGCAGCGACGGCGCCCUGUCGCCCUCCUCCUGCCACGACCAGCUGGCCCCGGAGGGCGGCGGCGGCGGCAGCGACAGCGGCGGCGAGGAGCAGCACGUGCUGGCCCCGCCGGGCCUGCUGCCGCCGCCCCACUGCCCGGGCCAGUGCCUCAUCUGGGCCUGCAAGACCUGCAAGCGCAAGGCGGCGCCCACCGACCGGCGCAAGGCGGCCACGCUGCGCGAGAGGCGGCGCCUCAAGAAGAUCAACGAGGCCUUCGAGGCCCUCAAGAGGCGGACGGUGGCCAACCCCAACCAGCGGUUGCCCAAGGUGGAGAUCCUGCGCAGCGCCAUCAGCUACAUCGAGCGCCUUCAGGAGCUCCUGCGCAGGCUGGACCAGCAGGACAAGGGCCACGAGCUGCUCCCGCCCGCCGCCGGGGACGCCUUCGCCUUCGCCGCCAAGCAGGCCAAUAUGCCCCCCUCCGACUUCCUGGGCACCUGCGGCGCCGACUGGCCGGGCGGCUCGGAGCAUUCCAGGGCGCUGCCCAUCAGCCCCAAGGAAGGAGCGCCCCUCGUCGACUCUUCGGCUUCCAGCAGCCUUCGUUGUCUCUCCUCUAUCGUGGACAGUAUCUCUUCGGAAGACCGCAAAGUGCCCAACGGGGAGGAAGUGAUCGAGAAGUAGCGAUCUCGUGAUGGCAUUUUAAGGAAACGGGCAGCCCAAGGCACUGGCCAUCGCUUGGACUUUUAGACUAAAUCAUGAAUUAAUUUAAUCUUCUGGAAAUCCUAAAGAGGGGAUUGAAAGAUGCCAAAUACAUCUUCUUAAAAGGAAGAUUUCCCCUCUGCACCCAAGUGCACCGACCAGCUUUCCCGUCCAUCCUUCCCCACUCAGUGGCAUUUUCUUUCUAACUUCCUGUUGCCUCCACCACCCACUCUUCUGCUUCCUUUAUAAUUAAUAUAUGGUCUUGUAUUCUAGUGAGGAUAUUCUUCCUAUAAUAAUAUAUGGAAAAGUUCAUUCCUGUUUGAAUGAAAUUCAGGGUUGCUUUUUAUUAUUUAAAAAAAAAUCCCGAGAUUAGUGUUUUUUGUGUGUGAAAUUUUUGUACAUAAUUUUAGUAACACCCGCUUUUUUUAAAAAAAAGAGCAAGAUAAAUAUCUAUUUAACACGUGGAAUGUAAUCUUGUACAUAAAAGUCAGAUAAAGAUUGGAAAUAAAUUUUUUAAACCAU